UUUUGUUUCGAAAUCGGCGGCUUCUCCCAUCGAUUCUUUCCCUAAUUUAAUAACAGCAUUUCAAGCGUUAGCUGUCGUGUAUAUAUAUGCGAGCUAGUGGAGAAAGACGAUGGCCGAGAACUUGAUGGAAGAAGAAGAUCGAAGCAUUGCGCAGACGCAUUUGCAGUUGCAGACAUCUCUAAAAUGGCUCGAUGACGUCACGAAUGGGGCAAUCGGUUACGAGAUCGAGGCUAGAAGCCUUCGUGGUCUUCAGGUCAUCGAAGCACAGACCGGCUUCUUACGCUGUAGCUUCAUCGUUCCCGCCCACGCUUCCGAUAUGAAUGGGAAUUGGCAUGUCGGAGCCAUCGCUACAAUAAUCGACAACGUAGGUGGCGCCGCCAUAUACUCCACCGGCCACCAUUUAAAAGUCACCGUCAAUUUCAACAUUCUAUAUCAUUCUACGGCAAAGAUUCAGGAAGAAGUAGAGAUAGAAGCAAAGGUAAAUGGACACAGAGGAAAGAUGACAUCUAUGGUGGUCGGGGUUCGAAGCAAAUCUAACAAUGGCCGUUUGAUUGCAGUUGCUACUCAGUGGACGGCUGCUAAUGACUAUAGAUCACCUCAGCCUCAAGCUAAGCUCUGAGAAUUAAGUACGGAUUGUAUUUAUUCUUUCUUAAUAAUGAUGUAGCCUUAUGUUAA